AAAAAGACAGGGCUCGUGAAGAUCGCCAGUCUACGCGAUGAAUCUGCGGACAGCGAAGGACGGAUUUGCGCCUGCACGUCUCCUCGGCACCGGUCCGCCUCUUGCCAGAAGGGCGUCUCCGGCAGCUUGCCCUCGCCAAGCAAACUUUCCUGUAAUGCCGAGGCCAUCAGUGAAUACGUGGCACAAAGCGACUCUUGAAAAGACAUUCCUCACUGGAAACCGCUGCUUUUUUGUGCCAGCAGGCUCCACCAAAGAAUCGAGUUGAGGAAUAGAGUCGGGAAAAUGGAGCGGUCCUCCUGCUCGAUACACAAAUAUACGCGGACGGGAAGAACCAUGUCGCGAGUUCCCUAGUUAAUCGCUUUUCCCGCGUUUAAGGCAUUCCUCUCGCUGUAUUUCUUUGUCCUCACUGGUCCGUAUCGUUCACUCAUUCUCGGCCCGUUUCUCAGCUCGGCUGCCAGCAGCGCACCCGUUCCGCGAAACUGCGUCGCCAGCGAGUGCGAACGGAAGGAAGCGACAACUCUACAAAGGGGAACGAGGACGCCCUGCAAACUGACGUCGGAGUGCCUAAAUGCCAAACAUCACGGCGAAUCCCCAGUUUCUAGGUGGCUGGAUUCAUCGACUUCAUCUCAGUGUGUUAAGUGUUUGGAACAGUGAAGAAAGGCGGGGUAUUCUGUAGAAUACGCGACUUGGUACGAACCCGGACGACCCAUGGUCAGGCAGAACCGUAGAUACGGCCCAGUCACGUUCAUCUACGGUUUCAUCCUUUUCCCGUACGCCUUACGAAGCGUUUCCUUUCGGGUGGAUGUCCGCGUUCGUCAGAGCCCUUGCCAUUCGCCACACCUCGCCCUUGUUUCGAAACUGUGACAUACUGGCGAGCCUGGCGGCUUCCCGACAGACAAGGCCAUUUAGUUGGAAUUUGAACCUACGACAGGGCAUCCUUUUUCGUUCGAUCCAUUUGUUUUCAUCGAAUGAGCAGUAGCCGACCACGCUCCUGCUACGACUUGCGCGCGAUUUCCGUUUUCGUUCGGAAACGUCCAAGGAUAGCUGCCCGAUUUAAACGGUUCGGCCUGUCAUUCGUCCGGCAACUUCUAUGUCCGAUUUGUUCCCCAGCGUUUUUUCCCUCCGACGUUUUUGUUUCCGGGGCAGUGCAAGUUGGUUUACCCGGCAGUUAGAUUAGAAAACCGUCAGAUCUACAGUGAUUCUCUGGAUGCAUUCCUUUUCAGCGUGACCCGGCCUUUGCGAAGGUUGUGCGCCUCGUCGGUAAGCGCACCAUGUUUCAGUUGCUUUCAGGGCAGUCCCCUGGGUUGAUUUCAAUAAAGGACUCGCGCGCUGUCUCGAGUCACGCACCACUGCUUUCCCGCGUCACGACAGCUACCACAAUGAAGUCUACUUGUGCAUACACCGGCUCUUCCGGCUCCGGCACCACGGGAGGACGAAGUUGUCGGUGCCGCUUCUCCCCGGCUUUGCGCUUGACAGCACAACGAGGCAGUUCCACCGCCGUGUCGAAGCCAAGCGCUGGCGCCGUGUCCGCGUCUUCCUGCGUCUCUGUCUUAUCUGAUUCUUCCCUUCCUUCGAGUUUCUCGCACCGCACAUGCGGGUCUUCCGCUGUCCACUGUUCGCGGAUGUCGCCUAUGGCGAAGGCGACACCUCAGUUCGCAGUCCCCGCCUCGACUUCUCUGCGCCGGCGGGUACACAGAAGGAAUUUACCCCUGUAUGCAUGCGCCUUGGUUGCAUGCGUGAUGUUGGUGGGCCUUCACUCCACAUCACACUUGAUAGGAAACGGAGAUGGACAGUUGAGCGGGUUUCUUCUCCCAGCUGUCGAAGCUUCCGUCCGAUUCACCUCGUUCCCUUCUCAGAAGGCCCUCUCCCUCCGAUUCGGGGACUUGCCUCUGAGAGAGAUGGUAAUGCAUUUCCACUACACCGAGCAACUUUUCGAAGAUACACGCGAGCUGCUGGCCAAGAUUUUCAACGUCCCGGUCAGAGCAAUUUCCUUCCUCCAGCUGAGGCAGGACGACGGGCGCCCCGAGCACGCGAGUCUCUUGACGUUUGACGUGCAAGGCAAGCACUUGCACGACCAGAAGGGUCAGUUCCAAGAGUAUCUCGACCAAAGUAGAGAUGGCCUGGAACUCCAUUUUGGCGGGCGAAAGGUUUCGGUGGAGGCCCUGGCUGAGGAUUUACCGCCCGCAGUUGUGGAUGAGAUGCCUGAGCCUUGGGGCAGGAGCUUCGUCUGGCAACGGCCGGGUUACACGCGCGCUCUCGAGAACGUCGAGCACUUCCUCUGGGUCAGGGUUAAGAAGACUUCCCGCGUUCCACGACAUGUUGCUUACGGGGAACUGACCCAGAUGCUUUCUAGAGCAAUUACGGGGGUCGUCCAGGCCACAGGGUACCUUGUUGAAGCCGACAGCAUCCAAGUCAUGUCUCUGGAAGAAGACCAUUCUGCCAGAGUUAUCUCUCUAGCAAUGUCGCGACACAAUGGAAUGCCAAACUACUUGCGAGCCCUGAGGUCCUGGCUCCGCAACGCAUGCGGAAGGACCAUGAUCCUCCAGACUGCACUGGGAGAUGCUCUAACUGCCGACUGUUCCAUCCCGCUGGUGACAGUCCGAGCGACAGGCAAGCCUUUAACGGAGGACGACAUCACUCGGAUGGAAGAGGAGCUGGCGCGCUCUUCGGUUGAAGCCGAUGAGAGUCGGGCGGAAGACGAUAGGGAAACCAAGGCUAAAUCAGCGAUGUCGGCCAUGUCAUUCGCCCCACCUUACUUUUCUCAAAAUCAAACAGAUCCUGCGAUGGUGUCGCCAGGCUACCCAGUGGGAUAUCCGAUGGGUUUCGUGCCUCUUUAUGGACUAAAGCCAUGGGGCGCGUCUGACGAAGGCACUGGGUCGGCGAUUGGCACAAUGAAAGCGAGCAAGACCGUCCUGCAAGCGGCAGCUGAAGACGAAGAAUCCUCAGGUGUUGGCGUCAAGGUGGGCAUUGUCGUCGGCUGCUUGAUUGUAGGUCUGCUGAUCAUUCUUGUUGUUUGGUACGCGUGGAGACGCCGCAGGAAAGAAGAAAAGGCGCUUCGAGAAAAGCAGAAAGCAAAUGCUGCAGAACGCAGGGCAAACCGUGAUAUCGCCAGAUACGCGCAUCCGUGAGAGGCAGGUAUGAGCGCCACAAGUCGGGGUGUACGUACAACGAGGCAGUUGAUGCGUAAGCUGCUGAAGGUCGUCAGCUUGUCAAUCCCUCCUGCCUGUAAGAACUGGAACAAAUGAAGCAGCCAUGGCAAAAAAUUGUUAUAUCAGUUGUUACCUCACCGGCCUAUCUUGCGCCGAAGCGUGUGCUUGACGAGAAAGCCACGCGGUCGGAUGUUGUUUGUUCGUGCUCCAAGAGUUUUCCAUGCUCCACUAGUAUCAUGUGCUCUGGUGCAGUCUGUGGAGACGCACUUGGUACCAAGGAUUCACAGACACACUACGCUUGGCGACCGCUGAAUUGUGACGCCCCCAGCCUGAGCAGUCUGACUCAGACAAGGUGGCCUUUCCGAAAGUGGAUUGGCUUUUCCUACGGUGCUCCGUCCAAUUCCACUCAGAGUGCUGCCGUUCGGAUGCCAUGACUUGAAGGCACUUCCGCAUGUUUAGUUGCCGAAGGGGUGAAACAAUUUACAUGUCUAUGCUUGGCACGUAUUGUUGUAGUGGUUUCGAAUUUUUGUGUUCCUGUUCUGUCGUAAAGAAAUGCAGUCCAGCUCUCGUCAAAAAGCACUGCCCGUGAGCUACGUUUCGGAAAUUUGCACCUUCUUUAUUGAUCACAUGCAUCAAUUGUUUUCCAUGUGCCCGGCGAAAAUCCGCUAAUUCUGUCGGCGUGACCCCAAACCUGAGAAAGUGGUGCGAGCAUCUGCUCGGAUGUGCUUUCUAAGUGCUGCAACUGUCUGACAGGCGGCUGCGCGCGUGUGCUCAGUUCAGAGCUAUAAUGGAAGCGAAUUAUAUUUUAUCAGCCUUGGUUGGGUUUUUGUAAUCGAGUACAGUAAUAAGG